UCAUACCAUAUACGAAGUAGAAUUCCUUUCACCUUCAACGGGGAAAUCUUGAGCUCAUUCGCUAAUUGACAGCAGGUUUAUAAGAGCUGACCCAUCUAACUCUAAUCAUUCUCUUCUUCAUCGACAGCGCCCUGCGUUUCUUCAAUCGCUAGAGCGGGUUGAUAUACGGGACAUAUAACUGUUUUCCAGAUGGCAACAAGCGUCAUUGCAGAAGAAGCUUUCAAGCAUUGUCCUAACUGCAAGGUGGAUAUUCCCGCGGCUAACUUCGUCGUCCACGAGCCGCACUGCAAACGCAACAUCUCACUGUGCAAAGUGUGUGCCGAACCCGUACGCAAGUCGCAGCAAGACGAGCACGAUGAAGAGUUUCAUGCUGAGGUUGUAUGCAAAUGUGGGAAGAAGAUGGAGAAGAGGUUUGUUGAGGAACAUGACACUAGCGAGUGCGUCCAGCGUCUAAUGAAGUGCGAAUUCUGCGAGUUGGAAAUAAUGUUUAGAGAAUAUGAUGAUCAUAGGAACUACUGCGGCUCUCGCACGGAGAAAUGUGUGAAAUGCGAUAAAUUUAUACAAAAGAAGGAACAAACGUUUCAUGAUGCUACAAGAUGUGGUGGCCUUCUUCUUCCUGAUGAUGAUGAUGAUGACCAUAAUGAUGUUGUUGUUCAACCCAAAAGAACGAUUGUUGUUGAUGUGGAGAUCCCUUCACAAAAGGAAGGCCGUCGAGCGAGGAGCACUGGAAGGGAAGGAAGAGAGACUCGAAGGAAUCACUCAUCUUCUACUGUAACAUCAGGUGGCAGAUCUGAUCUGACAAUUCAUGUAGAGCCUGAUUCAACAAAGCUGCCUGUUAACAUUCAAACAGCAAAUGAGUAUGAGUCUGUUGCUGCUACUGCUGCGGCUGUUCCUAGUUCUGCUACAAAUGACAGUGAUUAUGCUUGGCAAGUCUCUCGAGACCUUAAUAGACUCAGUAUUCGAUUGGAGACAAAGAAUCAUCAUCCACGGGAUGUAGAAGGACCGAUUGCUCAAGGCGUUGAGUCGGUUUAUUCUUGUGAGCCUUUCAGGAAGAUAGAGGAACAGGUAGCAUAUGAUUUGCAGCUUGCUCAGCAUUUGCAGUAUGAGAGUACAUCUGUCUUUGAUAUUCCCGAAAUGAGUGAUUAUGAAUGCCAAAUGCAAGAAGAGGCGAUGCAACGUUAUGAGAGAGAACGACAGAAGAAAGGAGAUGAAAAGAGAAUUAUCGAAGAAGAGAGAAGAAAACAGGUGGAAGAAGAUGAAGCAUUAGCACUACAACUGCAAGAGCAGAUGGAUACAGAAGAACUUUCAACUCCAUACGGCAUGGCAGGGAAUGUACAUGCUUUACAAUGGGAAAGCAGGAGGAGACAUGAGGAAGGGCAACAAGAAGAGGCCACAAGACGAUUGGAAGACAAGAGACGAAGAGAGAAACAAACUGAUGAAGAUCAUCGACUGGCAAGAGAUUUGCAACUUCAGCUUGAUAAAGAAAGUCGGUCAUAUUCAUACGAAUUUGAUUCUGUUGACUCGAACUCAGAAUCAUUGAGUAGCAUUUCUAUGCACUCAAGAGACACAGAAACAAGUGCAUUGCCAAGACGUCGAGGUGUUCGCUAUAGUACCUCCGACGUUGAUUUGGGUACCACAGCUCAGUCAUCUAGACGAUCAACGUCAAUUGAUGAUGUAGCCAAGAGAUCCUCACCAACAGAUGAUUUGGGAUUAAGUAGAUGCAGGCACUGUAAUGAAAUUCUGCUCCCAAGUGAUGCGGCUGUUCAUGAGAUAACAUGUCACGAGAGGAAAUCUGCGAAAUCAGUAGACUCUAGUUGGUCUAUGUUAGAGACACCCAGAACAAGUUUGAUACGUAAAGAGCGCUCAACACAGACACGCCAACGUGAGAGUCCAUUUGGAGUUGAUGGUGUUAUGCCUCCAUCACAAGGAAGUAAGUUUUGGUCUCAUCAUGAUGUUGAUGUAACUGAGCAUUCACCAUGGGAUCCACGUAUUGAAUUUAAGGGUCCACCAAGCAGUAGUGAUCGUGUGCAUACAACGUCUCUGGUGCAAACUUCUAGGAUGCCAACAAGUCAUGUACAACUAUUCGAGGUUCAGUGUCCCUCCUGCCAAUGUAAAUUCCCAACACACAAACUUGUUGACCAUCAGCUUGGUUGUCAAGGAAGGCCGAGAUUGUCUCAUCGUUCACAAACGCCCAGGAGUGUGUCUUACAAAGAGAGCCAAGAGCUUUUGCGGUCAUGUUUGUACUGCAAAAUGAAGUUACCAUUAAGGUCACUUAAGGACCAUGAGGAGGAAUGUCAACAAAAACAAGGCACAUCAGUUCACACUAGGAAGCCCACGAGUGGUGUGCGACACCUGGACGUGCAGUGUCCCUACAGUGACCAUGAGUUUCCAGCAGACAAACUUCUUGAUUACCAACGUGUUUGUAAAGAAGAGUCAAGAUCUAGAUUUUCUCGCCCUUCACAAAUUUACAGGAGUAUGUCUUAUGAUGGGAGUGACCAGCUCGGGAGGUCAUGUUUGUACAACAAAAAGGAGACGCCACUAGGCUCACUAAUUGACCAUCAGGAGAAACGUCAACAAAAAGGAAAAUCUGAAACAGACAUGCCUGUCAGGAAUACUAGCAAUGGUAGUGGUAGCAUCAUGUGGGAAGUUUAUAGUCGACGUUGUCCAUGUCAAUACUGCAGGAAACAGAUCAAGUUGGCCGAUUUACCACAACAUCAAGUGGAAUGUGACCAGAACAGAUCUCUGAGUCCACAGUUGAGACAAGAGCUGAUCGGAUCUGAGAGAUGUAUACCAAAGUCUAAAGUUACACAAACCAAGCCGCCAUCUAAAAGGUCUAGAGACGUAGAGGCUGUGAAUUUAAGUAAGCAGACGUCGAACAGAUCUGAGAGACCAUAUGCUGCAAGGUUGUCCUCAGUGAGCACACGGCAAGAUCCAUCAAGACUCGUCAACAAACAGCUACUAAAGAGCAAUAGCAGCUUAUAUCCAAAACCUGUGGUUGCAUCUCAUAGUCUGAGAAGAACUAUUGGACAAGAGUGGCAGCAACAAAAUAGUCCACUCUCAUUUACAGAACAGGACACUGUAGUCUCGGGUGGCAGUGACCGUUUCAAGGCAUCGGGUAGUGACAGGCACACAAAGAAUGACACUAAGCCACCUCUACGAAGAUCUAAUUCAUGGACAUCUUUAACCCGUCAACCUCGUGAUUCUAUGGAAGUUGUAGGCAGUCGUGAUUUGUCUUUUACAAAGAAGCUUCGGACAACUCAUAUGGAACCGCUGGCAGGCAGACAAGUUGGUAGGGCGACUUCCACUGGGGCAAAACGAAAGGAGCCGUGGCAUUGAGGUUUCUGUGUGAUAGUAAGAAAUAUGGGCAGUUGUGUGGCGGUGUACUACUUCUUUCUGGCUGAAUGAUUUAUUUGUAAUAUUGGCAUUUGUCUGUUAGGCCAUAUAUGUAUUGUAUAUGGUAUACUUACUUAUUACUUAUAUGUAUAAAAAGUAUAAUGCAUUAGAUGACAAAACUGCA